CCCGCGGGCGCACACACGCUGAAGCGCAGGCUUCGGUCGCGCAGGCGCAGUCGGGACGCCUUCGCAGCACCGGGGCCUUUUACCCCAGCGUGUCCUGAGUCUUUGGUUUGCGAAGUGCCGUUAGGCCAGGCAGGUGCUAAAAGCCCGGGGUCGUGGACCCCGGCCAGGUCUCAGCAGCAUGGAGGCGCAGGGCGUCACGGAGGGCGCGGGGCCGGGCGCCGCCAGCGGCGUGCCCCACCCCGCGGCCCUAGCCCCGGCUGCGGCUCCCACCCUGGCCCCAGCCCCGGUGGCGGCCGCGGCCUCGCAAUUCACCCUGCUGGUGAUGCAACCCUGUGCUGGGCAGGACGAGGCCGCGGCCCCCGGGGACAGCGUUGGGGUGGGCAAGCCCGUUAGGUACCUGUGCGAAGGGGCCGGGGAUGGCGAAGAGGAGGCUGGGGAGGACGAGACGGACCUGCUAGACACUUCGGACCCUCCGGGGGGAGGCGAGAGCGCGGCUAGUUUGGAGGAUCUGGAGGACGAGGAGACCCACUCGGGGGGCGAGGGCAGCAGCGGGGGCGCCCGGAGGCGGGGCAGCGGCGGGGGCAGCAUGAGCAAGACCUGCACCUACGAGGGCUGCAGCGAGACCACGAGCCAGGUGGCCAAGCAGCGCAAGCCGUGGAUGUGCAAGAAACACCGCAACAAGAUGUACAAGGACAAGUAUAAAAAGAAGAAGAGCGACCAGGCCCUGAACUGCGGUGGGACUGCCUCGACUGGCAGCGCGGGAAACGUCAAACUCGAGGAAAGUGCAGAUAACAUACUCUCCAUUGUUAAACAAAGAACAGGAUCUUUUGGGGAUCGUCCUGCAAGACCUACUCUUUUAGAACAAGUGUUAAAUCAAAAAAGACUGUCGUUACUAAGAAGUCCAGAAGUAGUGCAAUUUUUACAGAAACAGCAACAACUAUUAAAUCAGCAAGUUUUGGAGCAAAGACAGCAGCAGUUUCCAGGAGCAUCAAUGUGAGGGAACUUAUCAAGAACAUCUACAUGGUUUUUAUCUUAUUGUGAUAGAUGAGCAUAAUUUUUUACCAGACAUAAAUGAGGUAAUAAUAUAUGCCUAUAGAACAUAAACAUUUUCCUGUAAAUGUAUGUGUGCAUUUGGGGAUAAAUAAGUAUUGCACUUUGUGCAUCUAAUCUUUCAGAUUACUAUGAGUUUGAAGAAGUCAGCUUAUCUUUCCAAAAUAACAUUUAAUUAUAAUGUUUUUAAAAAAUAGAUUCCUCUUCAGUCAUUGUUACUGAAGGUAAUGAAGCAGUUACUUUCUGUGGAAGUCAUAAAGUUAAUAGAUACUAAUCUUGACUCGUCUAGCUCAGUGGUUCUCAUCAAGGUUCAAUGUGAUUGUCAUAGUGACCUUGAAAACCGCUGGCUUUUAGUGAGUGGCCAGGAAUGCUAAAUGUUCUGCAGUGUCAGGGUAGUCCCACAUACUAAGGAUCGUCUCACCCACAGUGCCAAUAACACUCUUAAGAAAUGCUGAUGGCUAUUUUGUGGUGUUAACAUGUAGUUGGGGCACCUAUAAUUGGGUUCUCUUAAUAACCUUUCUUUGCAGUUAAGACUGAAGCUGUCAAAGAGGUAAGACAUUUUAUAUAGAUGUAAGGAAAGUGAUUAUUGUUUAAUAUCUGUGAAUUUAAGAUGUGCAUCUCUUUUCAGAGGUGUGCUAGUAAAACUUGACAGAUUAACUAAGCACACUGGGAUGUGUCUCCUACAGUUGGCUUCUCUCUUUCAUGUUACCUGUUAGUGCUGAUUUCUUAAAGCAGACAUUUCUUGUUUGUUGAAUUUGUGAACAGUAUAGAUCUCAGCCCACCAAUACCAAGACAAAAUUAUUUUUCUUAUACUUACUUUUUAUUAAACAAAAUGAAAAAGAUCCUUUUCAAAAAGGAGAUCCUGAAAAUAAAACUAACACUCCAGCAUUUUGUCAUUGUUUUUCACAAUUGAGCUAUCUGAAAACUGUUAUUCCUAAGUAAUGUUCAAAAAUGAUAGGUAAUCUGGAUACCUUUUUCUUAUACUUUCUCCUAGGAAAACUUUAAAACUUUAAAAAGGCAAACCUACCAAUAGGAAUAACAAAUUAAAUGUCAAGAGAAUAUAUCCAAUAUUGGGAUAUAAAUGUAUGUGUCUCAAGUUUAACUAUACAAAAAUUUGUUACUUGUUUUUUAAACUCUAUAUAUAAAGUUCAACUUAAUCAUGGCUGUUCUAGGAAGUGCUUAUGGAGAGCAAGAAUGUUUUUGUUCAUUUCUAAAUGUGUGUGUUUUUACUGGCAUAUCUGUUCAAAACACUUUUAACAAAAUUAAUUCAUUAAAGUCCAGUUGUUGACCUUUGA